UCCAUCGGAAAAUCUCUUCGUUUCGCACUAGAAUAAAAAACUAUUUUGGUCUUUCUUGGUUUUUGUUGUUUCAAAAUUUGAUUUCCUUAAACUUGCAUUUGAAUCAAAUGUUUAUAAAGGUUGAAUAAGUAAAAUUGUUUUGUAGUUUUUCCAGAUUAUAGAAACGAUAAUUUUGAUGAUACUAUGAAACUAGAUGAAGUCGUUACAUGGUACCAGAAAAAGAUCGGCACAUAUGAUAAACAACAAUGGGAAAAGACAGUUGAACAGAAAAUUUUAGAUGGCUUAACAAGCGUCACACUAAAAAAUGCAAGACUUAAAACUGAGUUUAUUGAUGUUGACUUAGUAAGAGGCUCCACAUUUCCUAAAGCCAAGCCGAAACAAUCUCUUUCAACUGUGAUACGUUUGGCUAUCCUGCGAUAUUUUCUCCUUCCCGUAUAUGCAAAAUGGUGGGUUCAGCAGACUUCACACAAAGUUUUUGGCUUGCUUUUAUUUUUAUAUGUAACCCAAAUGAUAAGUUGGAGUGUUUAUACAUUCAAAAUUCUUCAUCGUUUGGAUGACGAUGUUGAGCACAUAGUUUCUAUAUCGGAAUUACUCAUCCCCAUGGCUCUGAGUCUAAUACUAAGUUUUAUUCAUUCGCAAAUUGUUGCAACUAGUUCUGGAAGUGGGUUAUCAUCCAAACAGCACAGGUAUUCCAAUGCGGGUGGAAAGCCAAGAGAACGUGUAAAGCGACGAAGGAAAAUUUUAAAAAUGAGAAGCUUCGAAACAGAAUGCCCAACAAAUGGAAAGCCAACUCGAAGCAGAGCAUCAACCCCACUAGAGAGUACCAUAAGUCUACACCCCAAAACUUCUUUUGUUCCUUUAAAAGACAGCAAAAUGUUCAUCCAAACCCCAAAGAAUUCAUCAGAAUCACAUCCACUAUUAGAAGCUAAACAAUCAUUACCAUCCACCGAUAUUAUUUCAUCUAAGCUUACACUAGAUCUCACGGGUUGUUGUUCUUCAAGCGCGCUGCCAAUUUCAGGCGGCUCCAUAAAUGAAUGCAAGAAACGUAACGUAAACUGGGACACCCCUAUUCAUAAUUUUGCAACAGAAGCAAACGUUGAAAGUCAGCUGCUAACCAAUAUUAGCCCUCAAGCAAGUACAACCAGCAACAGCAGUGUGGAAUGUUCACCUCGAGAAGAAAUCGAAGUCAAUAAAGAGCCAAAAACCCAAGAACAUGAAAUGGAUUUGAACAAAAUUGAGCAGGAGGUUGCCGAAGAUGACAAUAGAGGUCGUGUUGCCAAACGAAGUCUUGGAGAAGAUGAUGGAUUUGAAAGUUUAAAUGGCAAAAGCUCGAGUGGAGAAGAAAAUAAUAUUCCUGCUGUGGCGAUAGGUCCAAAUGCACAGCCAACUAUCAAUGAAAAGAAUCAUUUGCGUCUUAGAUUAAACGAAAACAUCACGAGGGCAAGAGAUGAAAAUUCAACUAUUGAAGAAGUUUUUAAUGCAAAUACUCCAAUUUUACCAGUAUUCAGACGUAAAUAUCCACUCUCGUCUGAGUCGGAUAUUGAUAGAUCGGGAAAGAAUGUCAUACCCAAAUCAGCGUCUACCGAAAUGUUUGCCAAGAAAAAUACAAAAGCAAAUAAAAGUAGUGAUACAGAUACAGAAGAAAGUGACGAGGAAGAGAUUAUUUCAAGUCCAGCUUCACUUGCAGCAUCAAAUUACACUGAAUGCACUACAUCAGCAACGGAAUGGCUAGGCGUAACAACAAAUAGUGAGGAGUGCAGCUAUAGCUCGGAACUAGAUAACUCUGAUUAUAAGCAACUAUCUGAAGAUGAAGGAUAUGACAUGGAUUUUACACCGACGACAAUUCUUAAUCCGCAUGGAAAAACAGGUCGAAUAAGUUGUACCAUUUGGGAAAAUAGAGAUAUUAAAAAGGCUCAAAUGUCCGUCCUGGAUAUCUCUUCGUGCAUAAUUGAACGUGUAGAAGCUAUGCCAGAGACUUGUGAUUAUAUAUACUUUGGUAUUUGUUUCUCAAUUAUUCUCUCAAUGAUUCCACCGUUUUGUCGAUUGUGUGAGAAAACAAUUGAUUCGGAAGAUGCGGACAUAAACUAUUUGGAUAUACCAAUGCUAUUGUGGGAGAAGGCUUCGUUUUCAUUUAUUGCCAUACUUCGUUUUGCAUUUGGCAAUUCAUUGUGGGAACGUGCUCUAUUACUGAUUGGGUUUAUGCAACGAUUGUUAUUGACUUUGAUAUUCUUUAUGCUAUUUGCUGUGGCAGAAAGAACUUUUAAGCAGAGAUUUUUGUAUGCUAAGCUUUUCUCUCAUUUGACAUCGUCAAGGCGUGCAAGAAAAUCCGAUUUGCCUCAUUUCCGAUUGAAUAAAGUGCGAAACAUCAAAACAUGGCUCAGUGUGAGAUCAUACUUAAAGAAAAGAGGUCCUCAGCGAUCGGUUGAUGUAAUUGUUUCUGCAGCUUUCCUUUUGACACUCCUGCUGCUGGCAUUUUUGAGUGUAGAGUGGUUGAAGGAUUCAGUUCAUUUACAUUCGCAUUUAAAUCUUGAAGCCCUAACUUGGUCAACUUUCAUGGGUAUUUUUCUUCUGAGGUUCAUGACACUCGGAAACAAAAUCAAUCGAAAAUAUAGAAGUAUAUCAGUUUUAAUUACUGAACAAAUAAAUCUUUAUUUGCAGAUUGAACAAAAACCCAAAAAGAAGGAUGAGCUUAUGGUAUCGAAUAGCGUAUUGAAGCUGGCUGCAGAUCUGCUCAAGGAAUUGGAAUUACCAUUUAAAAUUUCGGGACUAAGUGCCAAUCCAUAUUUAUACACGACAAUUAAAGUUGUUAUAUUGUCUGCGCUAUCGGGUGUUCUUAGUGAGAUGUUAGGAUUUAAAUUGAAGUUGCAUAAAAUUAAGAUAAAGUAAUAGAAAAUAAAUUCAACGUGUACAAAAUUUAUCUGUAAAAUGUUAUGAAAACUGAAUAAAACAAAUAUUUUAAUUAUAAGUGUACAA